AUGGAAAAAAUCGACACUAAGUUUAGAAAGGCGAUUCCGAUCCAAAAACGUGUAGCCAUUACGCUAUGGAGACUUUCAACAGGAAACAGUUUUAGAUCAACUGCUGCUGUUUUUGGUGUUGGGAAAUCUAGCGCAGUCGAUAUAACCAAACAAUUUUGCAAAUUUAUUCCGAAAGGAUCAAGCAUUUUUAUAAAGUUUCAAAGAAAUGAGAGAAAAAACUUUUAUAGCUUUGGAAAAUUUUCAGAGAUUUGUAAAACCCCCCAAGUUAUAGGAGCCAUUGACGCCACACAUGUAGAAAUCAUUGCACCUGAAAAUUCGCCUAUUGACUACUUCUGCAGAAAGCAAAAGUUCACAAUAAAUACGCAAGCUGUAGUGGAUGGAAAAUUGAAAUUUAUAGAUGUAUCAACUGGUUUUCCAGGCAGUAUUCACGAUGCAAGGGUUUUACGUGCGAGUUCAAUUUAUCAUACAGCUGAAAGAUAUGAUAAACCGACGAUGGAUGAUACCUUGAAUCCUUUGUGGCCAGGUUGCUAUGUAUUUUCAUGCUCCCUGUGGUAUCGUCUUGUAGUUGUCUGUUUUGUAAAAUUUUAUGAGAAUAUAAAAAAAAGAGGCGAUAUUUUGAAUAAUCCACUCGCAUUUAUAGAGAACCAACCAGUAAAACCCUUCAUUAUUGGCGAUGGGGCAUAUUCACUCAGCAGUUGGCUUUUAAAACCAUACUCUGAAAAUGGAGCAUUGACCAGAUCGGAAAUAAAAUACAACAAAAUUCUUUCUUCUGCCAGGUCUGUUGUGGAGAGCGCAUUCCGCGAGCCUUGACUUCAGCUGGUUUCUGUUUCCAAGUCUUGCCUUCUGUUGGAUAACGGAAACCCCUCAACUCCAUUACGUCAUUUGCUUCAAUUGACAAUUAUGUAAUAAUAUUUAUAGACAAUGUUUUGUUUAUUGCGUGGGUCGCUAGACGACAUUAUUUUACCUUAUAUGGACUUUUCUAUUUUCGUCGUAUGUAUCUGUUAGUUUAUAUAAAUGCUUGAGUAAAAGUUGGAGGGAGUUGGAAAAUUGUCGAGACGAUGUAAAAAAUAGCGUUUUGUUAACGUUGACGUAAUAUCACGUGAUCAAGGCAGAUAGGGAGUAAGAGUUUUGAGAGUUGCACGCGUUUAAGAAAAAGGAUUCAAGUUAAGCUUGAGCCAUCGUUUUAAAAUCGAUAUAGUUGGAAACGGGUUCUGCAACAUAGGUAGAACAUCAAGAUUAUGUUUGAGAUUGUGGCCUUUCAAGCCGUUUAAUCACACAAACUUCUUGAGCAUAAUAAUUGGCAAGUCAGAGUGACUUGGGCCAGCAUUUUCCCCACAUGGUGCCGUUUUGCCGGGAUAUAUUUUGAGUUUGUAUAUCGUUCAACGGAAAUCUUUGCAAAUAGUUAAAGAAAAGAUUAUUCGCGGAAGCACAGUUAAAGAAAAAAGUUAAGGCAAGAAGCGUUACAAGAAGAUACGUUAAGAAAAUAAUUGAUAAUACGGAGAAGCUUUUGAAAGAGAAUGGAGAAGAAGAAGCAAACAGAUUGCUAACUAACAAGGAGAUUUUGCUCGUGCAACUCGCUGAACUAAAAGAGAUGGACAAAUGGAUAGUGGGCGCGAUAGAGGUAUCGAAGUUCGAAGAUGAAGUUUUUGAGAGUAAAGACGUGGAAGCGUCAAUACGAUUUUGUAUAACGAAAAUCGAAUCGCGGUUGAAGGUUUUGAUUCAGAAAAGCGGAAUGGAAAAGCAAAUGGAGAAAACACGCCCACAAGGGAGCCACUAGAAGAGUAACAAAGCUGUCACAGCUGAAGUUGAAAGUUUUUACAGGAAAUCUUACUGAAUGGCCCUCCUUUUGGGAAAUUUUUCGCGCUUCAAUAGAUUCCGAUAAAACUUUAGAAAAUGUUGUGAAAUUUAGUUAUUUAAAAUCGCAGUUAGAAGGAGUUGCUGCGGAUGCAAUUGCGGGGUUGAAAGUUUCGAACGCGACGUAUAGCGAAGCCAUUGAUUUGCUGAAAAGGAGAUUUGGUGAUGACCAGGUCAUCAUUUCAACCCACAUGGAUAAACUAUUGAACAUUGCUGCAGUAGAGUCGAUGAAUGAUGCAAAGAUAUUGAGAGAAAUGUACGACCAAAUUGAAUCAAAUGUUAGAAGUUUGGGGGCACUAGGAUUGCGAAUUAGUGGCUAUGGAAUUGCUAUCGCCGAUUGUUAUAAACAAACUCCCUGCAGAGCUUAGAAUCGCUAUAACAAGAAAAGUGAAAAACUUGGAUUUAUCGGAAAUACUAUGUUGUAUCAAUGAAGAAGUGCAGGUGCGUGAAAAAUGUUUGUUGAGUAAAGUAACCGUCGGGCAAAGUCGUAAACAAACCCCCAUGGAAGAAACAAAGGUGAGAUGGGUGGCACGAAACAACCAAGCAACGACCGCCGGGUUGUAUACAGAACAUGGUAUAGAUAAUGAAAAGUAUAGAGCGAUUAAAUGCAUUUAUUGCGAUGCAGCACACAAGUCGCAUUUGUGUAAGACAGUAACCGACCACAACGUGACAAGGAAAAUAUUUGGCGCAAAAGAAUCGAUGCUUUAUUUAAUUGUGACCGGGUCAUGUCGCACGAAAUUGCCGCACCAACAUGCGAUGCUUGAAGUGCAACCGCUGACAUCACUCUACGAUUUGCGAUUGCUAUGUUAGAGAGGGGGUGAACGAAAAGACCAAUGCGAUAAAAGGCAGUGAGAAGAAAAACGAUGCCUUAGAAGUUUCUCCACAUCAAUCGACAACGAACAUGCACACAAACACGAGGAAUUCGGUAUUGCUACAAACCGCACGAGUGCCAGUGAAAACCCCCCAAAAGCAGAACGUGAGUACUGUCCGCCUGGUUUUCGACUCAGGGAGCCAAAAUACUUAUGUGACGUCAGAUCUGAAAAAUGCCCUUAGUUUGCCAGUGAUCGGCAAGGACAAAA